AAUGGGAAUCACGCUGCCUCGACUUGAAAGCCUAAUCGCCAUCUUGAAAAGAGGAGUGAAAAUUAUUGUGGCAGAGAAACGAUUACAGUGAUACUAUUACGUGUGUCAUACACCGAAUAGCAUUCACAGGUUUAAAGAGGUAAUAAUUCGACCUAAAAAUAUCGAAAAGCGACUUUCUUUGUGUCUGUUGUGGCGCAUUGCUGCAUGCAUAUUUUAGCCUAGUGCUAAGUCUGAGCUAAUGCAUAGGCGCCAGUGCAUUCUUCUCUUUCGAACAAACGCGUUACAGUUAAUCGGAACUCGACUAUAUCUGUCCUCAAAUGUACAAAAAUAAUGCAAAUGUCACAUUUUAAUGAAGCUGGUGAUUGGGUUCACAUGUUAAUGCGACAUUUUAUGUGUUCUUUAUAAAAAUAAUGAAUCAAAAACCUAUAGGCACAUUCCCAGCAUUAAUAUGUAUGGCACGUUGUCUGUUUCACGAAGUAUUUUAUUCGCAUUUAGUUAAUAAAUCGCGAAUUAUAAUGAUUAGCCCGCCUUAUUCACAAAGAUCACAGCCAAUCAGCGUGCAGGGAAUAUUCGUGGAAGUGACGUUUUUAAAUGUUCGUCUACCACUACAAGCAAAGAGGGGAAAACGUCUUCAGAACAGAGAUGUUUCCAUCAUGGCAAAGCCUGCGAUAAAUGAGAGGAAAUAGCGGAUUUUAUAAAAUGGUUUCCUGUCUUUUGCAUAUGCAAAACGGUGCAUGAGGAGAAUGCUCACGAUUUAACAGAAUAAUGGCUGAAUCUGACCUUUACAUGCAAUGUGAUGAAGACGAUCUGGCUCCAUGUCAGAAUAUAACUGAAAACACAGAUGACCCAUGUACCACAGACAAAAGUGGCAAUACUGUACUCGCAUCUGCACCACCCGAUGGCAUCUGCUCAAAAGAGCCACCGGCUGCUGCUGACAUCCUACAACAAGCUGUGCCUUUGGCUGACGCUCCUGCUGUUGUACUGUCCAAUGCCGUCCAGCCGAAUGUUGCUGGAGGUGGUACGCUUGGUCAGACCAUCUACAUCACCACACAGACUAAUCCAGGACAGCCUCUGUCAAGCCCACCGGGUCUGGGAACAUCAGUUGGCUACAUCUUGAAUGGACAGCCCAUUACUUUUUUGACUCCUGCUCAGGCACCACAGUUACUUUCUCCACGGAUGGUCACUACAGGAAGUGCAGCACAGCCUGUGUCCCCUGGAAACUUGUCCAGACUGCAGAUCCCGGUCACCCUUAACACUUCUUCAAACCUACAGAGCAUCACUUCAGUGGCUCCUGGGAUGACUUCUCUUAACAUGACACCUUCCAGUAUCCUACCAACCACAGCUACAGGCACAACAGUAAAGGUUAUAAAGCUCACUAAACUUAAUAUUGGAGCUACAGCAGCUGCUGGCCUAUUAGUGAGUCCCCCAAGUCAGCCCACCAAAGCAAUCACCAUGCAAACAAAUACAAUAACAAGACCUCCAGGCAAGCGACAGUCACAGACCGAGAAACGUCAGACACAAAACCCCGCCGCCCGUCCUGUCACAACAACAAAUGUGUUUAAAAAAGGCUCCAAUCUUUCAGCUGUCUGCGUUCGCUGUAAAUACAGAUACCAAAAGAGUGCAGCCCUCCGUGGAUACUUCUGUCAAUGCAAUCAAGAGCUUAUUGGGAGUGUGUGGCGACUCAAAUCCAAAACAAAAAAAAGCAAGUGCACGAGUGACAAAGCAGGCUCACAACCCUCCAUGUUGGACACUACUGUGUCUUUCUCCAAAUCUUCAGAAACUUCGCUCAAGCAUGUCACCGCCUCAGAGUUACCAGCAGGAGUGCCUAGUCCAGGCUCUGGGGAUUUGGACAACCAGGGCAGACUGAUCAUGUUAGUUGAAGACUUUUUCUACGGGCAGCGCCCGGGUCGAACCACCAAUAUAGAGACCAGACGAGAGACGGUUAUAAUGAAGUGUCAACUCUGUGACAAGAGGCUGAUGGGCAACAUCAAGCUGAUGAACCACAUGAGACACCACAUCGAAAUGGAGCACUUAUCAGGAGAGAUGGAUAGUCAUACAAUGUGCCUCCAUUGCUUCAGAAACUUCUCGACACCAUUUCAACUGCAGUGUCACGUUGAGACCGUCCACAGCCAAGUAGAGUCUUCAAAGGUGUGCAAGAUCUGUGAGUGGUCCUUUGAUAAUGAGCCCCUCUUUCUGAAUCACAUGAAACAUGCCCACAAACCCGGCGAGAUGCCCUACAUUUGUCAGGUGUGCGAUUUCCGCUCCUCGUUCUUCCCAGAUGUUAUUAAUCACUUUGCAGAGCUACAUAAGGACACUUGCGUUUUAAUGUGUAUCUACUGCCUGAAAGUGUUCAAGUCUUGCACCAGCUACCAAGUGCACUACCUUAAACACCAGAAAAAAAAUAUGUUGCAUUGUGACAAAUGCCGACUUCAGUUCCUGUUCGCAAAGGAGAAGAUAGAACACAAACACAGGUUCCAUAGGACAUGUGUCAAGCCCCAACAGUUGCAGGGCCUCAGGCCUGGCACAAGGGUAAUCAUUAGAGCUUAUGCAACGAAUCAAGUUCCUGACAGUCCUAACAACAGUCACGUAGGAGCAUCUCAGAUGAACACAUCCACCUCUAGCGAGUCAAAGAUCUCUUCAUACACCACGUCAACCACUCCUCAAUCUCAAAAUGUCACCAAGACAGUCAUUCCCGAAAAGAAAAAGCCAGUGGAAAACAUGGUGGAGCUGAUGGUCAAAUUUGAACAGCAAUAUAAUGAUAUAGAAAAACAGUUCUGCAUCGAAUGUAGCUAUGAGAUUCCGGGUUUUUCCAACCAUUUUCCCACCUAUGUGCGCUGUUCACUCUGUCGAUACCACACCUGCUGUUCCAGAGCGUAUGCCAAUCACAUGAUCAGUGAACAUGUGUCUCACAAAAGCACCAGAAAAUACAUCACGCUGUACAAAUCCUGUCCAAAGAGGGGACGUCUCAUUUGUACCGACUGCAAAUACAAAACUCAGAUUGGAGAUUUAAUGGCCAGGCAUCUUAUUAAAUUUCCUACACAUCAAGCAAGCCGCUGCACCCUGCGUGAGGGAUUUUCACGUGGUUUUAAAAGGUUUGUCUUCAUCCCAACGGACUUAAUCAAAGGUGGUCAGAGACUCAACAUGAGGUCCCUUUUGCCUUUGCAAGUGGACAAGAUUUCAUACCCUUUCCCCAAACCCCACCCUCGGCCCAGCUACAUAAUAACCCUCCCUUCCGGACCUGCCCAUACGCCAUCCCUUCCCAUUCAGGUUCACACUAUAAAUCAAAACGUGCCAAACCAAAACGGUGAGGCAAAGCAAGAUGCAAAUAGAUCCAUUCUGAAGGGAAGAUCAUCUCGCAUGGAUUUAGGAAUAAUGGCGGAAAAGUCACCCCAGUUGAAAACUGUGCUGUACGCUCUUUGCUCUGGUGUCCCGCAGGCUGCGAAUCACUUUGGCACUCAGCCGGAAGAAAUCCAGUCCUUGCUUUUGAAGCGGAAACAGCAGCUCCAGUCCUUGAGAAUCGCAGAAAGCUCGACUCCACGGGCGGCCGAUAGGUUAGUCGAAUGGGUGCUGUACCAACGUGAGCAACAGCUGCCCAUCGAUGAAGCUAACCUGUUCAACAAGGCCUCCGAGUUCAUGAGAAGUGAUGGUGCGACAAUCAUCUCUUAUGACUGGGUGGUUGAUUUCUUACUGAGACAUGAUCUAGGCUUGCAGGCAUUUGCCACUUCUAGGAAACUGCUUCCGCAGAAGUCUCAGGAGCUUUUACGUUCCUUUUGCAGCAUUUUGAACCGGCAAAUCGCCUCUCAGAGUUUUAGCCUGUCUAGGAUUGGUGCCAUGGAUGAGCUGUCUGUCUUUAUAGACAUGGAGCAGUUAGAUGGAGCCUCUGCAGAUUCGUCCUCCAUGAUGUCUGCUUUUAAGUUGAUAGGUACAUCGGCUCCGCUGAUAGAUGUUGUCUUUACGGCCUUAGCUGAUGGUACCAUGCUAUCCACCAUGCUUUUUCUCAAAGGCGAACCUUUUAGCCCAGAUGCCCCAUCCUUGCCUGACUUCAUCAUCGUGGAGGCUAAACCAGAGGGGUUCACGAAUGAAGAAAGACUGGAGAUUUGGUUGAACAAGGUAUGGCGCCCACAUGUAAACCCCAGUUCUGGAGGUAAAGGAUUGUUGAUAAUAGAUACCUACAAAGGACACGUGGCUGAUGAUUUCUUGGCAGCGCUCAACAGUGCUAAUACUCUGCCAACAUUGAUCCCUUGCAGUACCUCACGUCGUCUGCAGCCCCUGGAGGCUUGUGCGGGGCCUGUGUUACGAGAGUUUCUGCAAGCCUGCUGGAGUCAGCAUGUAACAUCAGAACCGCAGGAACUGGUUGAAGCGAAGCCUGCUGACUUGGCACGUAUUCUCUCUGGUUGGCUCGGUGAGAUACUGAAUGUUCUAAGAGCGAAGCCAAAACUGCUUUGUCGUUCUUUCGAACAGGUUUUGAGCACAAACCCUGAAUCAACAUCUGAGGAACCUUCAGAGCUGAUGAGGAGUCUUACUGGGGCUCUUUUUGCCAGUAAACUGCAAGAAGAUGAAGCGGUUAAGCAACAGAUAUCAACUGUCGCUCAACAUGACGCUUCUCCCGGUGUUGUUUCUCCUAAGUCUUUGCCUUCCCCAUCAGCUGGCAUCCUUGCAUUGAAAAAGAUCUUUGAGAAAGACAGCGAUGUGGAGUCAUUUCAUGGUUUUGAGGAUACAGAAUUGAUAGAUCAUUGAAUUCUUUACCAAUGGAAUGUGUUAUUUACUGGAUGUUUUAUGUGCCUUCUUUGACUUGUAGUUAGUGUCCAUAAAUAAUAUUGUAAAAAUAGCCGAUUGCUUGAACAUGUUGGUAAGAAACAUAUGUAAAUAUUUGUAACGCUGAUGGAAGCAUAAAGGGAUAGUUCAUCCAAAAAAAUAAUAAUAAUUCCCCCCAAUUACUUGCCAUCUUGUAACUCCAAACCUGUAACAAUGAAAAAUUGGCCCCAUUAUACAGACACAAAACAUCAAUCUGUCUUCUUUUGUGUACAGCAGAAGACAUAUACAGUCAUAUACGUUUGAGCAACAUGAGAGGGAAUAAAUGAGGACAGAAUUGUUAUUUUGUGUGAACUAUGCCUUUUAGAUUGCCAAGUCACGGCUUCUGUUGUUGUCUUUUAAUUGCUGAGGUUUAUUACAGUUUGUUUAUCAUUCCAGUUUGAAAGUAUCUGUCUUCAGAAUGUGCAAAGAUGUAAAUGAUCGGAAAUCCUAUUGCCUGCUGUAUGUAGAAUUGUACCAUAGUUUACUUGAUUACAUACAAAUAAACACUUUCAUAGAUAUAUAAUUUAA